AUGAAUUAUCUAUUCCUACAUUGACUGUUAAUGUCAGCUUGGAAAAUGACGUAGAGAUAAGGUCAUGACCUAAGUACCUUAAAAGGUCAUGUUGCGUAUCUUUGAUUCGUUUUAUUGAGUUGAACUCAUCCAAUGUGCUUUCAUCGCUCUAGCAUGCCCUAAUCAGAAGCUAUCGCAAAAAAACUGCUAAUGACCAUUAAUGACCUAAGAUGACCUCAGGUUUAAGAGUCGGACGUCGUCUCGCCGUCCCACCACCUCUGCCGCCGCCAUGUCCGACAAGACCAAGGCCAGCAACGAUGUGUUCGUCUUGGGUGUUGGAAUGACCAAGUUUGAGAAGCCGGGCCGGCGGGCCGAUUUCGACUACCCGGAGAUGGCCGCUGAGGCGGUGACGAAGGCGCUCACUGACGCCGGAGUCGAGUACACCGCCGUCGAACAGGCCUACGUCGGCUACGUCUACGGCGACUCGACGUGCGGCCAGCGCGCCCUGUACCCGGUCGGUAUGACCGGCAUCCCCAUCAUCAACGUCAACAACAACUGCGCCACCGGCUCCAGCGCGCUCUACCUGGCCUUCCAGGCGAUCCGCGGCGGUCAGACGCACUGCGCGCUGGCGCUCGGCUUCGAGAAGAUGCAGCGGGGCUCACUCAGCUCGCAGUUUUCGGACCGGACCAACCCGAUGGACCGUCACGUGGAGAUGAUGUGCGAAGUCACCGACAUGGAGGCCGGCCCCAUCACCGCCCAGAUGUUCGGCAACGCCGGCCGAGAGCACAUGGCCAAAUACGGCACCACCGAACAGCACUUUGCCAAAAUCGCCUGGAAGAACCACAAACACUCGGUGGACAAUCCGUACUCUCAGUUCCGCGACGAGUACAGUCUGGAGCAGAUUUUGUCAGCACCCACCGUGCACGCGCCGCUCACCAAGCUGCAGUGCUGUCCGACCUCUGACGGCGGUGCCGCGGCCAUCCUCGUCUCCCGCCACUUUCUGGAGCGGUGCGCCGGCGCGGUGGCGCGCGCCCGCGCCGUGCGCGUGCUGGGCGUGCAGAUGACCACCGACCCGCCAAGCUCACUCUCCGAGAAGAGCUGCAUGAAGAUGGUGGGGUACGACAUGACCCGUCUGGCGGCACAGCGUCUGUUUGACCAGGCCGGCCUGACCCCGGCCGACGUGCAGGUGGUCGAGCUACACGACUGCUUCUCGGCAAACGAGCUCAUCACCUACGAGGCGCUCGGCCUGUGUCCGGAGGGCCACGCCGGUCGUAUGAUUGACGACGGCGACAACACGUACGGCGGCAAGUACGUGGUGAACCCCAGCGGUGGGCUCAUCUCCAAGGGCCACCCUCUGGGCGCCACUGGACUGGCCCAGUGUGCCGAACUCUGCUGGCAGGUGCGUGGUGAGGCAGAGAGGCGCCAGGUGGCGGGCGCCCGGGUCGGUCUCCAGCAUAACAUCGGGCUGGGCGGCGCGGCCGUGGUGGCCCUCUACAAAAUGGAGACCGAACAGCCUGUGAAAAGUUCCGGAGUGGUGACCGCUCACAAGGACGGCGCCGGGUUGAAGUCGACGCCCUACUUCGAGAAGCUGCAGAAGCUGAUUGAACAGGAGGGGAAGGCCAUUGUUGACAAGAUCGGCGGCAUUAUCGAGUUCCGCGUCUCGCCGCCGCCGGGCCGGAACGCCGCCCGCUGGACGGUCGACCUCAAGUCGGACGAGCCGGGGGUGUACGCUAACAGUCAGCGCCGCGCCGGCCUGACCCUCGAGCUGAGUGACGCCGACCUGACCCGUCUGUUCGCCGGGGAGCUCAGUCCCGAACAGGCGUACCGCCAGCAGAAAAUGCGGUACAUGGGCGAUACGGGGCUGGCAUUCAAACUGAGGAAUCUGGUGGAGACACUGCAUGGCUACAGGGCUAAGCUGUAGGUCCGGGAUUGCUUGGCGAGGAGUGAUGGGGAGGAGAGAUGUGCUGACUGGGAAGGGAGGGGAGACAGCUCCGAGUGAUAGGGAGAGUGGGUCGGUCCGCCCGCCCGUAUCCCACAUCGGAGGGACAUAUACUUCCCCCCCCCCGUCCCUCCCCGCUCCGCCGCUGCGACCAGUGCUAAUGUUUUAUUCAAGGGAGGUGGGACGGAGAGAUUUGCAUGUGGUCAGGGACCAUGCGGGCCGGCCCGGCGGGCCGACUGUCAUUGUAGGGGUCUCGCUGUCCUGACAAGGGGCAAUGGUAAAUUGGUAAGGCGUAUGUGGGCGGCCCGGGCAGUUGUCGGGCAGUAUGCUUUACGGCGGCAAUGUUGGGCUAGCGAGACAGCCGAGAGCUUAUGUGAUACAAUUGCUGAAUUGUAUAUUUGGGUGUAGUGGGUAGCGAUAGGUCAGAUCAGCUCAGCAUGCGACACCGGAUUCAUAAGACGGAGUCGCCUUGUCCAGUCAAUUAUGUACAAUGAUGUGAUUUAACUAUUAGCUAUUGAGAUUGGCCUGCAGAAUUCCGACGCCAUUUUGGAUACAGUCAGUGUGUCAAGGUUGAGUCGUGACCAAAAUAUUUACUGCAGCGGUUAUCCCAUCGUAUACUGCGCAAUAUGGCACACGUCGAUGCAGCAGAUCCAAACAAUGGUUAUUGUUAUUUGAUAGCGGUUAGCGCCGUUUAUUGUUAUAUAACAGCAAUGAAGCAACUCUCGGCUUUGCCGGUUGUUUUUUACACAAUAAACAUAUCAAACAAU